UUGUGCUCAGUAUAGUUGCGAAUCAGAACUGGAGAUGUCGCAGAUGCUGCAGCUGGACGCUUUGGUCACCAUGUUGGCCUGUCUGACCACAACGCAAAACGAUCUGGGCAGUCAGAUGAUUCCCCUUACUAAUUCGACAACUGAGAGCUGUCCGCUGUCCACAUUUAGUGGACUGACAACACGCAUUCAGACAUUAUCCACAGAGAUAGCGAGCUUUAAGGAAAAAAUAAGUGACUUGCAGGAGCAACUGGUGGAUCUUCGUCGCUCAGGUGCACCGCGAAUAAUUAGCACUCCUGCAGUGCCCAGAGGCUUCAGUUCACGGAUUUAUGAAGCUGCACCUCGCACGCUGGCGGUCGCAGCAUCGCCAUCGGCAGCAAUUUUGCCGGGCAAAGUUGGCUUAGAGGUGUUGACCAGCGAGCCAAGCACCCCGCUCAAUUGCCUGAAGCAGCAGCACGGCGUUGUGCGCAUCCGUCCACGCGCCAACAUCGAUCCGUUCUUUGUGUUCUGUGAUCAGAAGACACGCGGAGGCGGCUGGACUGUAGUUGUGAAUCGUUUCGAUGGCAGCGAAGACUUCAAUCGCAAGUGGGCGGACUAUAAAAUUGGUUUCGGCCCGCUGACGGCAGAGUUCUUUUUGGGGCUGGAGAAAUUGCAUCAGAUUAGUAGCAGCGAAGACUGCGAGUUGUUGGUGCAGCUGGAGAAUCGCAAACAGGAGCCACGCUAUGCCAUCUAUGAUCAUUUCAGCAUUGGUGGGGAGUCCGAACAGUAUCGCUUAAAUGUGUUGGGAAAGUAUCAAGGCGAUGCCUCCGAUGCUAUGCGCCAGCAUACGGGCAAAAAGUUUAGCACCUUCGACAAGGAUAACGAUGAGAGCGAAUCGAAUUGUGCUGUUGCCCAAUCGGCAGCCUUUUGGUAUGGCAACUCGUGUACUUUAAGUAAUCCAUUCGGACUUUAUCAGCGACUGCUUGAGCGCGAUGUGGACAGCUUUAAGGGCAUCUUGUGGCGUGGUUUUCUCGAUGGGCCCAAGGGAUCUUUAAAGCGAGUGCGUAUGCUUUUAAGGCCACGCUCCACUGGCAAAAGUUAAAGGUGUCCCUUUUGCCACACCUGAAGCUAAUCGAAAUCUAUACUCGUAUUAUAUGUUUAUAAAUAUUUUAUGCUUAAGUAUACAGUCUAAAAUCUUAAGAAGCGCUGCAGUGAUUUGGAAAAAUGAGAAUACUACAUUUUUAUUUGUUUUUCUAUAAAUGUGGUAAUACAUAUUGUAUAACAAACCAUAUAAAAAAGCGCAUUUAAUAAUAAUUUCAAUUAAAUAACUAAAAGUAGUUCAUAGUUUUGUUGACUUUAAUACAUUCGAACUUACCAGAAGUUAAGUCACAAUAACCAAGAACUUUCAGACCUGUGUUUGUUGAUUAGUUGUCUAAAGCUGGCGGUUGAAGGUUUCUUUUUAUUCCGUGCUUUUACAUAUUUUAUUGGGUACCAUAAAGAAUAUGUUCUCAACAUUUUCUAUUGAUAAUAGUUACCAUAUAUAAUCAAUUUUAAUAAGUAAUUACCUUAGAAAAUGUGUUGACAAACUAUUUAAAGAGUGUAAAAUAUAAUAAAGUAACAUGCUCUCCCUUGACAAUCUACAAGAAAAUUGCAGUAAGCUUUCUAACUUACUAACACUUGAGAAUGCUCGAAUGUCAGAUACUCAUUGCCCAACCCAUUAAGAGAACUAUAAAACAGUCUCUUCCAUAAAUAAUACAAUACAAUACAAUAAUAUCAAAUGUAUUUGUACAUCAUUUAGUUACAUUUCUAAAUACAUUUUUCCUGUAAAAAUUCUUCUAUUUAAUAAUCGUAUUUAAAGUGAAUAGU